AUGCACGAGUCCGAGCUGCCAACCUUAUGGCCAUUUUCUUAUGAACGGUGCUUGCGGUUACCUGGUCAGGUAACAUGCUUGAAUCUGGGUGGCGGCGGGCAUAUCUAUGCUGGCUCGAGCGAUGGCUCCGUUCGCGUGUACGACUCGACUUCGCUAAAGGUCCUCAAAGCGAUACAAGGGCUGGGGGAUGAAGUUGCCUCUAUUGUGUGCUGCCCCAAGCCAGAUCAAGUCCUUGACGACAUAUAUAUCAGUGUCGGUUGCCGAAUUAUAUCUUUUGGGUUUCCCUCAGAGUCCCAAAAACUGAUACAAAAACCGAGCGAUGCCUUGAUGAGCAUCAACGUAGGAGAAGACGACGAUGUCUUGAAUGAAUUGUCCCUCAGCGGUAACAAAGAUCGUCUCGCGUUCUGCUGCGACUCAGGAACUGUUGGCGUCGUCGACCUCGCAUCCAAAGUAGUCUCUACGAUGAAGGCCAAGCACAGUAGCAUCUGUGGAUGUGUCAAAUUCAUCCCUAAUAGGCCGUCAGAAUUAUUCAGUGCAGGCUAUGAUCAUGCACUGUACCACUUCGACUUCUCACAAAGGAAGUUGCUCUCUGUGUAUAAUAUCCCACCGUCAGCUGCCGCGAGCGGGAUGACUUUGUCUCCCCCUUUCGUCAUGUCGACUGCGAUAUCGUCUACUGGCACAUUUGCGGCGGGUACAGCGGAUGGACGCCUCUUGUUGGGUUACGGUGGUGAAAAGGGCUCGGCCCAUGCUCGUAACAAACGAAGUAAGAAAUGGGAUGGUUUAAAGACCGACUACAUAAUUGAGCUCAAGCCUGCGGAAGGCCCAAUUGUGGCAGUAUCCUUCGUUGGGGAUUCACACUUGCUUGUCUGCACAUUAAUGGGCUCUAUCACUCGGCUGGCGGUUCAACGAGACGAUAAAGGUGGCGUGAAGCUGGAGACUGAGUGGACCAUCCAGGCAAAGGAUAUCGAGAAAGUGAACUCCCUAGUCAUAGUCCCAGACGGGACUCGAAUCAUUCUGGGGGGACUUGAUAAAAAGGGAGGUGGUAUCAUUGAGAUAUGGAAUAACGCCACAGUAGUAUAG